AUGACCCUUACUCCCAUCCGCAUCCGAGGCAAACGCAAGACCAAAGCCUCAUCCACCAGCAACCCACCGUCGGCCCUCAGCGACAGCCUCAACCCGCAUCUUACUGCAAGGGCCAAGAAGAUGAAGCGCUCGAUUUCUACCGUCCUCGCUGACCGGUCAUCCCGCUACCGCGCAUCGCUUGAUGCUCUCCCCGCCGAGAUCCUCGAGAAAAUCCUCCUCUACAGCACCAACUUGGCGCUGCCGCGUGCUGCACCUCACAUCGGAGCCAAGCUCUCCGGCCGUGCCACCCUCCUCCGUCUCUUUAUCUGGGCUUUCCACGAUACUUGGAACCAGUGGUUUGGUAUCCCGGUCCGGAGUGAUGUCUUCUUUGGACCAGAGAUCAAGAAUCCUGAGUUAAGGAUCUGCGACGGAGAUCCGGUUCUGCAGUCGGCCGUCUUGGAGCUUCCUUGGGUAAAUAUCGACUUCAUCCUCCAGGCACAGCAGACCUGGGCAGAUACCUAUGCCAAGGACCGGUGGUACCAACACAGCAUCGACUGGGACCGCGACGAUGACGGGCUGCCCACGCAUCACCACGACGACAGUCAUGACUUCGACGGUGGCUAUGGCCAUUUUGACGCCCGCCGUUGCUUCGAGGCCGACUACCAGAAGGCCCUGUCAUGGCAGCCUUUUGAGGCAAGCAUCGAGCCUUGGGGCUUCCGGGACAUUCACCCACUCACCCGCGUCCCUACCAAUCUCAUCACUGGCCCCUGGGACGAUGAGAAGCAGCGCCGUCUCCUGUGGUUCACACGCGGCGGAGCUCUCAAUCUCGGUGGAGAGGGUCACGCGCCGUCGCCGCCCUGGGAGGUCCGAAUCGACUUCCUCCGCAACGCCGUCAUUGACACCCCUGAGCCCAACGUGCUGGUCUGCAAUUGCCUGAUCCGCGCCUGGGUUUACUGGGGGCUUCCCGGGGAUGUCGUGAGGCAGGAGUUGCGGAAGAUACGUCAACGCAUCGAAUGGGGGGGCGACACGCCUGCGGGGAGGACCAUCCUGCGCGAGGUCGGGACAACGCUGAGCAGCUUCCUCACGUUUCCGUCGUAUGGGAAGGAUUAG